AUAUUUAUUUUUUAUGUAUGAAUAGUAAUAUUAAUUUUGGAAUAAUAUGAUGACAAUUUUGAAUACUCUGUGGGUUCCGGGAUGGUAUGAAAAACAAAAUGGCAGAUGUGCUAUUGAUACCAUUAUCUAUGUCGUCGACGACGGGACUUUGAUAAGAGAUAACGAUUUUAUAAACGAAAACGACAAGCACGGGCUAAGGACAAACAGCAGGCAAAAGCCUAAAAUAAUAUUUCAAAAUUCAAAAUUCUUGUUAUCCCAUUUAUUCUCCCGAUUUCUCGUCGCAUCCCGUUUGGUGCUUAGUCUUAAUCAACAUGUUUAAAAUAACGACUGCUGUAGGAUUUCAAGUCGUCUCUGCCCUGCGGUACGGGCAAAGUCCAUGUUACAUCGCACUCCAAUGUCUUGGUAGGUUAGAUGCAAAAUCGCAGUUGGGCCCAAAAUGCCGGUUAUCAAAAUUUCUCAAUAAUAACGUCAGCGACCUAUGUUGUACACACCAUUCGGUUCGGUGUUAUGCCAAAAACAAAGACAAGAAAAGCAAUAAAGGUCAGAAGAAAGUAUCCAUUGAUGAGAACUUUUUGGCUGAGCACUUCAAAUACAAUACCAUGAAAACUGAAAUGGAAAAGGCUGUGGCUGCAUUAAAAAAUAACUACAUCAAAAAUCUGUCCUUAAGAUCUUCUACAGGAGCAUUGGAUUCACUACCAGUUACAUUUGAAGGCGAUGAAUAUGUUAUACAAGACUUAGCACAGAUUGUGAGAAAAAAUCCUAAAACAAUAAUUUUGAACAUGACAUCAUUUCCACAAGCAAUUCCAUCUGUUUUGGAAUCAUUAAAAGCUUCUGGUAUGAAUUUAAAUCCCCAACAAGAUAAAACUUCUAUAUUUAUACCAAUACCUAAAGUUACAAAAGAACAUAGGGAAAACCUAAGCAAAGGUGCAAAGGCACUUUUCAUCAAAACUAAAGAUUCUAUUAAAGAAUUACAAAAUAAAAAUAUCAAACUAUUAAAAGACAAUGAUGCCUUGGCGACUGAUUUGGUUCACACUUUGCAAGAUCAGAUUACUGCAUUGGCUGAUAAAUAUGUACUGGAAGCACAACGAAUAAUGGAGGAAAAGCAAAGUGAACUCAAAGGUGAUUCAUAGUGCUUUUAAAUUUACUCAAUAUGUAAUUUAAUCACAGUAGUUUCAUCUACCAAGGUUCAGCCCAAAAAUGAUUAAUCUCUUUUGUUUAGUUAGUUUUAUACUUACCUGUUAUUCUAUAAUCUACAGUGAAAACCAGUUUCAAUGGUUGAAUAAUGUAUGAAUCAUCAAUACUGUACAUUAUUGUUCAUUAAAAAAUUAUAUGCAUGGA